UAAAAUCCAUUGCAUCAUUUUGGUAAUGUCUUUAAAGGGCAGAGAUUAGGAAAAAUAUAAAAAACCCUUUCGUAAACUGAGCAAAAAAAGUGAGUGAAUUAAAAUAAUUUUUUUUUUGGAUAGUGGCAAAGAAAUAUUUUUUAGAAAGAAAUGAAUUAUUUUUUAUUUUUAUGGUAUGUGUGGUAUUUUAAGGCGAUACAUUUUUCGAAAUCGCUAACAAUAAAUCGACGCAAACGAAUUUGCAUUGAUUUAGGAAAAUGUUGUUAUGGGACUAUUGGAAGAAAUAUUUCUUUGAUUAUCACUCGUUAUUUCUCUCAGUGUAUAAAAUGGUGACUGUUAUAAAGAAAUUCUUCUGCAAGUUUCUGCGAAAUAUUUAGUGUCGAGAUCAUUGGCGAAAUAGAUUACACAAGCAUUUUUCUCUUACUUGAUAGAAAUUGGUGAAUUAUUGCAGCGAUGUUGGGGAAAAAGUGAAAAACUUUUUUGUGGAAAAUUUGAAGGGUUCAAAAUUAGUUUCCAAAUAUUUUUAACGCUAAUAGUCCAAGAAAAUAGGCCUCGAAAUGCGAAUUUUGGGGUAAAUACUUGAAUUUUUGAUGUAAGUCACUUUGAAAGUUAUAAAAACGAAUUAGGAAGAGUUUUUUUUUAAUUGAGCCCCGAGAAGGGGAGAAAAAAAUCAAUAAAGUGUUUUUUUUUAUUAAUUUUGGGAAAACGGUAAGGACUAGGAAAAUAAGUUGCAAUAGAAAUUGUAACGCAUCAAAUAUUGCAUAAAAAUGAUAUCUAUACUGUUUCUCUUAAAAUUAAAAUUAACCGAGGUAGGAGUGCUAGAAGCUAGGGGAUGAUAGCAGCUACUUUAAAAAAUCAUAUGUUGCUGAAAAAUCGAGAUAUUUAUGGUUUUUUUUGCAAUUUACUCAGAAAAUUAAAAGCGUUAAUUCUACAGCUAUUUUUUUUGUUUACAACACAGUUAUGAUAAUUUGAAAUUUUCCUUUUAAAAUUGAAUUGACUGUCCUUGACGAAAUUGAUUUUGUUCUUCAACUAAUGAUUUCACUGUUUCAUAAAUUUCCCCUAUGUGUUUGAUUUUUUUUCUACCUGCCCGUUCCAAGCAGGUAAAAGAAAAUUUACCUGAAGAAAUAUUUUUAGAAGCAGCACCGUUGCAUUUACUACGGAGUGUCACGUACUUUACGCGCAUGGGCCAGUCAGUCCAAUGAGUCCCUGGGUGUUUGCGUUAUUUUCCGUUUGCAGUAAAUUUUGAACAAAUCUUUCGACUUUUGAUAAUAUUAAUUAAAAUUGUGAAUGUGCUUUUUGUGUUUUUAAAAAAAUUGUGAUUAUAAGUGAUUUAUCGCCGUAAAUUUGGAAAAGGUAAUUAUUUAAGUGAUGUUUUUUUAUUCCAAGAAACCACAACGUCUAUACUGGCUCCCUAUUUGUUUUACAGAAAUCACCUGUAUUUUAUAUAAUUCAGAAUGAUAAAAAUAUUGUAUAAUUUCAAGCUUUGAAUAUAAAUAUUAAGGUGUCCCUCAACUUUAAAGAGCCUCGUAUACUUCUCAACAUGGAUGACGAACUAUUAUGCAGUAUUUGUGGCAAACUUUUGCAUAAUGACACCGACAACGUUGUUUCCGUAAAAGAAAAAGGACUAAAAACAUUGAUUGCAAACAGUAUUGAGAAAUCUGAUAAAAAAUUUGAAUUAUGGCUUGGACGAUGUGAAAUGAAUUUUCAUGAAAAAUGUAGGAAAUCGUAUCCUAUGUCUACCUCAGUUGCAAAAAAACGAAAGUUAUCAGCAGAUCUAUCUUUAUCCAAUCCAACAUCACUAGUAGCUACGUCAAAGAUGCCGUCUGUGUCAACUGCUCAACAAAAUGAUUUUGUUAAUCAAUGUUUUUUUUGUAAAUUGUCAUUAGAUCGUAAGCAUAAACAGGCCCAUACGGUUGGUCAUAAGUAUACACAAGACCAGAUACUGGAUGUUGCGAGGAGAGCGAAUAAUGAGUUUAGCAGUGACUUGAUUAAUCGCAUUGAAAACAUAAAUUUAGUUGACUGUAAAGCAAGUUAUCAUCAUAAAUGUUAUAUAACUUUCCAUAAGACCGUAAAGGAACCGAAAAUCUCUGCUCCAAAAGCACAUACUGCUGAGAUUUUUAAUAAAAUCUGUAAAUACAUUGAAGAAAGUUGUCAGUAUCAAUUUAGUUUACGGGAACUAAAAGAUAUUAUGAAAGAUGAUGUUUUGAGUAAUUAUGUUUUAUUUCGCAUGUUAAAAGAUAAAUAUGGAGACAAUAUCUUCAUAUCACAUAAUCGAGGUAAAGAGCCUAUCAUCUACUAUAAAAUAUUUGAUAUUUCAAACAUUUGCAGCGAUUGGUUUUCUGGUGAAGGUGAUGAAAUGGAUAAUUUACAAAAACAAACUGUUUUGAAUGUGGCUGCUAGGAUACUCCGUAACGAAAUUUUAAAAUACGAUUAUCGUGAUGCAUCAUAUCCGCCUGCAUCUACUUCUCUUGACAAUGUCGUAUCGUCAAUUCCGCCAUUGCUUACGUUUUUUCUUGGAAACUUAUUGUGUAAGAAUACUACUCAAGAAUACAGUGAAAAUUUCAUUAUCAGAGAUACAAUAGCUCAUUCCAUCGUCAAGUAUUUACGUCCAAAACAGUUUAUAUCAUCUCUACAACUAGCAGUUGGUUCAUACAUCCACAGAAAAACUGGUUCAAGACUAAUUAUUGAUUUUUUGAAUAGAUUAGGUGUUUGUGCUUCAUACUAUCAGAUUCAAUUGCAUGAAUCUGAUGCAAAAAAUCAAUUGCAUGAAUCUGAUGCGAAAAAUCAAUUGCAUGGAUUGGUUUUUUUUGGCUGUAAAACCAAUUGUUUAUCAGCUAGGAGUGGUUGCAAGAAAAGUGGUUUGAAAUGUAACCAAUUUUGUGAAAAUUGUCAAAGCUGUGGUAAUGCUUCAAGAACAUCCUUCAUUCUUGAGGAAGAUGAAAAUGAACAUAAAGAUGAUGAUGAUGGCGAUGGUGAAGGAGAAAAUACUACUGACAACGGAGAACAUGAAGAAAAUGAAGCUUUUAUUAUGAAUGUAAGAAGAUCGAUUGUUAAAAAUACUCAUUCUGAGGUGUCCACACGAAAGAUUUUUUGUGGAUGUAAAAGCAAUUGUACGUCAGCCAGAUGUAGUUGCAAAAAAACUGACUUACAAUGCAAUGAAUCUUGUAAGUUUUGUCAUGGCCAAACCUGCGACAAUCAUUUGAGAGAAGAAGCACCAGCAAAAAAUGUAGAAGAAGCCGCGGAAAGGUUAGCUGUUCGAAGCGGUAGUUCAAUUAACGUGAUUGAUUAAUUUUGACAAAUUUUGAACUGAUUUAUCAAAUUUGUAAAUCAAGGGAUCUAAAAGAUUUUGUCUUAUAUAAUGAAGUAAUUUUUUUGUAAUAUGUUGGAUGUAUUAUCAUAAUAAAAAUUAUUUUAAUCUUUGACGAUAAA